GGUGAACGAGCCUCUGUGUCGUGUGUGCUUGUGCGGGUUUAUUCUAUUCCAGGGGCGAGUGUUAUUAUAAGGCCUACAAUUGAAUGCACCUGAGCGAAUAUAUGCUGAAUAAUACAUUUUAACACAUGCUCAUUUGAAGCGUUUCUAGCAAAUAACACAAUCAAGACAAACAUGGCUGAAUUACCGAUGGGGAAAGGGGUCUCCGCAGGAAAAAUAGCAAGCAAUGUACAGAAAAAAAUUACCAGGGCUCAGGAAAAGACACAUUUAUAGGAUAAUACAGGUAUCCAGGUUUAACCUGUGUCGUUCUCAUCAAUGCAAGGAAGCGCUCUCUCUCUGGUUCUUCAAAAGCUUGGCAAGGCAGAUGAGACUAAAGAUGUGGCAUUUGAAGAGGGUGUGAUCAACUUCAACAAACAGCUAGUCGAGGGUACCAAACUGCAGAAAGACCUUCGGGCCUAUUUGGCUGCUGUGAAAGCCAUGCAUGAGUCUUCUAAACAUCUGUACGAGUGCCUGGAUGAGAUGUAUGAGGCUGACUGGUAUGGCAAAAAGGAUGUGGACUCACUCCUGGAGGAUUCAGACAUCCUUUGGACAGACUUCCAUCAGAAACUUGUGGAUCAUGCGCUUAUAUCCAUGGACACUUACCUGGGCCAGUUUCCUGACAUCAAAGCUCGUAUUGCAAAGCGCGACAGGAAGCUGGUGGACUAUGACAGCGCACGACACAACUAUGCUGCGGUGAACAAAGGCAAGAAAAAGGAGGGGAUCAAGAUCACCAAGCCAGUUUCCCUGCUGGAGAGGGCUGCCCCAGGCUGGGCACAGGGCAUCCUGUCUGCCCAUAACGUGGCUCAAACCAACCUCACCAGGAGUCAGGCAGAGGAAGAGCUGGAAAGAGCACAGAAAGUGUUUGAGGAGAUUAAUAUAGAUUUGCAGGAGGAACUGCCAUCUCUGUGGAACAGUCGUGUUGGCUUUUAUGUGAAUACAUUCCAGAGUAUGGCUGGUCUGGAGGAGAAGUUUCACAGAGAAAUGGGAAAAAUUAAUCAGAAUCUGAAUGAUACGCUGGAGAAAUUAGAAAAUCAAGAUAUGUCCAGUGACAGAACACAAGUUGCCAAUCACACGUUGAGCCCAGGAGGACCGCCAGCCAUUCCCAAAUCUCCGUCCAAGCUAAAGCCUUUGGUUCCUCCACCUCCUAAAGUUACUCCAUCAAAGGAUAUGAAGCAGGAGAACAUUAUCAAUCUGUUUGGUGAGGCUGCCACUCCAAACAUCAGUGUCACUUCGCCAUCACAGUAUGAUGCUCCAGCCACUGCUAAUCUGCUUGACAUAGAUCUGGACUCACUUCAGGCUGCCACCACACCAGCCGCACAGACUUGGGAUUCAUGGGAGCAAACACAGAAUGAAGCUGAGGUGCCUCAGACAGGGGACGAUGAUGAUACCCAGCCUGUGCACUUUGGCUGGGGCGAUGAUGGCACUCAGGCUACCUGGGAUGAUGAUGGUAGCCAACCUGUACAUGCUCCGACCGCAUACCCCGCCUGGGAUGAUGAUGGCUCUCAGGGGAAUGUCAGUGAUUCUACCCAGCAGGCCCCCGGGUGUGACGAUGAUGGGGCUCAGGCCACAGAAAAGGCAGCUGUUACAGAAGAGGUGGUGGCUGAAAAUGAAACUGCACAGGCGACCACAGAGAGUGUAGAGAUGCCAGAAUCCUUCCUGUUUAAAGUGAAAACGAUGCACGACUACAAUGCCACUGACUCCGAUGAGUUGGAGUUGAAGGCUGGAGAUGUGGUGCUUGUAAUGAGCUAUGAAAACCCAGAAGAGCAGGAUGAAGGGUGGUUGAUGGGAGUCAGAGAGUCUGACUGGGUUCAGAAUAAAGAUCUUGGGAAAAAAGGGGUCUUUCCUGAAAACUUCACCCAGAGGAUGUGAAAGCCUGUGAUCCGCUUGAUCUUUUGUUAAACCCCUUCUACAUAACUCCUUACUGCUUCCCUUCAAAAAACACUGUACUAGACCAACACAUGCACAGCCACAGGCAGUCUGCUGGUUAUGUUUGUGAAAGCUUUUGACAAGUUAGUAUUUGCAUUGUUUUGGGUGUCCUCACUGUGACUCAUAUUUGACAUGGUGCAAGUUUAAGAAGAUUGCAUCAACCUUUGACUAAAUAAAUGGUAUUCUGUUAACUAGUAACAUACCCAGAGUAAGUCCUUGCUGUAGAUGUUUAUAGACAAGCCACUCUGAACCCUGUCCCAUUUUGUGUGGAGAUGUUUUAGGCCCAAUCCCAAUUCUAUUUUAUACCUCUUCCCCUUCCCCUUCCCAUUGUCCCUUAAAACAGAGUCCCAAGGGGUAGGGGAGAAGAUAUUCCCCUAAGGAUCGGGACACCACUACCAUGACGUCACACGUCAUCAGCGUUUGUCGUCUAGCUCAUACAAUGCACACAUAUGCUGGUGUGCAUUAGAGCCUUUAAUUAACAUUCUCUAUUAAUGAGCUGCUUACUGACACACACACACACACACAUAUUGGAAAUCGCGCAGCUCACACAUCCAGGAGAGAAUAAACUUGUCAACGCUGCCCCAUGACUUUUAUUAAAUACAGUUUAAAUACUGAAUCGCUACAUUAUAUUUUACAGCGACAAAAGGACACAAUCACUUUGUUUUUAAAUUUGUUUUUAAGUAAACUCACUCUAAAAAGAUAAACGUACAGACGCAAAUACACGCAACCUCCAUUUCUCUCUCUCUCUCUCUCUCUCUCUCUCUCACGAAUAGGCAAUAAUUGAGUAAAUGGUUGAGCGAUUUCUAAUUAUUGGGGGGAUUAGUCUACGGCCGUUAUCAUCCUGAUCAGACAUAUGCUGUGGCACUAUCAUGCAGUCUGUAAUGAUAUGACGUUAGCAAAUAUAAGCGAUUUUUUGCAAACAUUUCUUUAACAUGACCGUUAAUAUGAACUCACAAUUGAAUGUAACAUAAAACAAAUGAUUACUUUUCGUUAAAAUCUUUAUUUAUGCCAAACAAGCUUACAUUUAUGUGUCUUUUUGUUCGCUGUAGCAGCCAUGUUGCCGAGAUAAUUCAUACCCCUUCGUUUGAAUUGUGGUCCCGAAAAAUCUUCAUUUUAAGGGCUAUCUGGCCCUCUCCCUUACCCCUACCCCUCCAACCAAGGAAAAGGGCUAAGGGGUAGAAUUGGGAUUGGGCCUUGAAGUCAUAUCCCAAAUGAGCUCACAAGUCUCUAUAGUCUAAUAGUGAGCACUACCUGAGCUUCAUGAUCUAUAUAGUUAAGCAAACAGUAUUUAUUUUUUUAAAAAGUGAAUAAUAUUCCUCUCAAUGCUGGAAUACACUUUAACAGCUGAGCAACCCUGGCUGCUCAGAGUCAAACUCCUACCAGCACCAUAUCUGCUUGUUUAAAUCGGGAACAAACUAAAAAGUUAAAAAUAAACUAGACUAAAGGAGUAUUUUAUGCUUCUCAUUAACAAACAAAAAACAUAUGCACUCGUUCCAUAUGCAGUUAUUGUUGACACUAAAGAGGCUGACAUAGUUAACCCCUCUUGCUCAGGUUAGAUUUAUAUGAACCUGUGUGCUGUCUUUCACCUUUAGCUUUACAAAGUAUUACUGUCCACCUAUUUGUUUGUUUCUUUCUAUUUUGAUGAAGCCAUUUCAGAUUUUAAUAUGUAAUUAUUAUUGUACUUCACUGUGGAAAUGGAAUCAUGUACACGUACUUGUCUUGGUCAUUUAGUAAAAUGCAGUUUUAUUCAGUGAAGGAGAAUUUCUGUCCUUUUUAACCUGAAAUGCAAUAAUCUCUGCACAGAUUUUUAUUUCUUAAUGAACUGUAUUCAUGGACAUAGUUGGAAAUCUUGGAUAUUGGCAUUUGGUGAUUUGAAAGUGGAUGUUAAUGCUCACUAGUGUGAAUUGUAAUCUAAUGCAACACUCAAAAGUGACUCAGAAUAUGCAUAAUACCAAUUCAGUCCUCUGUGAUUAUAGUUUUAUUUUUAUACAUUAUGAGACAAAUGAAAGUUAAAAUGAUUCUAUAUAUAUGUGCCAUAAACACUGGCUUUUAACUGGGGUCUUUUCAUGUUUGGAUCAAAACGUACCAUCAUAGCAACAAGAGCAGAGCAGGUUUAGUGAGGAUGUGAGCUUUUAUAAGGACUGAACUCAAGCUGGUAUGGCAAAGAUAUUGAUUCUCCAGUCAUCUGUUGUGCUGAAUGAGAACUUGUUUGCUUGCUACCCCUGAUGUCUUGCUAACUGGACAUGUUAUGUGACCCAAGCUUGGAGGAGAUCUUGCCAUGCUUCACCAGUUUUGCAGCAAGUUUGUGUGUGUUUGCUUACUUGGGUUUUUGUAUCCUGUACUGAGAAAUCAAUGUGAUCUUUAUAUUACUGAGUUAUUUAUGCUGCCAAUGAAUCUUUAAUGACCUUCCCCGCAAGCUCUUAACUAAAUCAAAAGUCCUCAUAUGUGGACAAACACUUUCUCUUCAUGUAUUUGAGCGCAGUUAUGAUAUUUGCUAGUGUUAGUGUGUUGUUGCAUUUGUAGCCAUGAUCAUUGUGUAGUUUUGUUGAGUUUUGUAACCGAAGAUACAAAUUCUCUGAGCAUUUCUAUAUCUGAUAUUAGUGUGAAUGUGAAAGGGGCAUGCUUAAAUCCAUUAGCAGUGUGUCUGUGUGUAGUUAUGUUUUCUUGCUGAAGUGGCCUGGGAAACCAGGGCCACUUUACACCUCUAUAAGCCACGAGUUGAAGUCUUGCUGCAGUCCUGUAUCCUGCUGACACACCAGUGGUAAUAAACAUGGAUUUAGUCCUGUCAUA